AGCCAAAGCUAGUGUAGUGGUUUGAGGGGUUGGGCCGUAAUGUGUUCAUCUUUCCAAGAUCAUCCAUAGGAGAAAGCUGAGAAAGUGGGGGCCUUUUUUGGGUCUGGGGACUGUUGGCUGCCAGGGCAAGGUCUAUCCAUAGCCGCGGACUAUCAUCCCUUUUCCUUGGGUUGUCAGCCUGACUGUCCCCAAGUGCAACAAAAAGAGGUCUGGUUCGUUUCGCACCAGCUCUGGCUUGAGACAGAGCGUCAUGGUUUCCGCCCCAGUCCUUCGCUGGUAGAAACGGGGACCCACUCUUACAAGACUCCUAAGAGCUACUGCGCUAAGUCCCAGGAUUCCGCGCGGCAGGCGGGAGGGCGGGCCGAUAUUCGCUAAUCCGCGCCCCGUCCCGAGGUUUGUCCAAUCAGAGCGAAGCACUCAGACGUAGUUUGUUUGUGAGUUCGGGUUAACUUCCGGACUUUUCCGGAAGUCGUGUCGUGGAGCGAAUUUUGAAGGAAGUGGAGCUCCGGGUGUGCUGCCAACAAGCUGGACCUGUUGCAGUUUCCCAGGCUAUGUGGGCUGCUGGAGUAGAGCCAUCAUGCCUAUCCGCGCCCUGUGCACUAUCUGCUCUGACUUCUUCGAUCACUCUCGCGACGUGGCUGCCAUCCACUGUGGCCACACUUUUCACUUGCAAUGCCUCAUCCAGUGGUUUGAGACAGCACCAAGUCGGACCUGCCCACAGUGUAGGAUUCAGGUUGGCAAGAAGACCAUUAUCAAUAAGCUUUUCUUUGACCUUGCCCAGGAAGAGGAGAGUGUCUUGGAUGCAGAAUUCUUAAAGAAUGAACUGGAUAAUAUCAGAGCCCAGCUUUCCCAGAAAGAGAGGGAGAAGCGGGACAGCCAGGCUAUUAUUGACACACUACGGGACACAUUGGAAGAACGCAAUGCCACAGUGGAGUCCCUGCAGAAUGCCUUAGGCAAGGCAGAGAUGCUGUGUUCCAGUCUUAAAAAGCAGAUGAAAUUCCUGGAGCAGCAGCAGGAUGAGACCAGACAAGCCCAGGAGGAGGCCCGCCGGCUCAGGAGCAAGAUGAAGACCAUGGAGCGAAUUGAGCUCCUGCUCCAGAGCCAGCGGUCUGAGGUGGAGGAGAUGAUCCGAGACAUGGGCGUGGGACAGUCAGCGCUGGAGCAGUUGGCAGUGUACUGCAUCUCCCUCAAGAAAGAAUAUGAGAAUCUGAAAGAAGCUCGGAAGGCCUCAGGGGAGCUGGCUGACAAGCUGAAGAAGGACUUGAUUUCCUCUAGGAGCAAGUUGAAGACUGUCUGCACUGAGCUGGAUCAGGCCAAGUUAGAACUGAAGUCAGCCCAGAAGGACUUACAGAGUGCUGACAAGGAAAUCACGAGCCUAAGAAAGAAGCUAACGAUGUUACAGGGAACCUUGAACCUGCCUCCAGUGUCUAGUGAGACUGUCAGCCGCUUGGUUUUUGAGAGCCCAGCCCCUGUGGAGAUGCUGAACCCGAAGCUCCACCGGCCGUCCUUCAGUGAUGAGAUUGACCUCAAUGCUACGUUUGAUGUAAAAACCCCUCCAGCCCAAGCACCGAGCUCCCAGCACAGCCACCCCAAGAAGCUGGAGAGGACACACUCUCCUGUGGAGGACGUCCUCAAGAAGAUACCCAAAGUCUCCAAGCAGGAGUUCCAGCUCUCACUGGGUGGUCAGCGCUGUGUAGGAGAGCCAGAUGAGGAACUGACUGGUGGCUUCCCUGUCUUCAUCCGGAAUGCUGUCCGGGCUCAGAAACAACACAGGAGCACAGCGGAGUCCCGCUGCAGCACAGAUGUGGUAAGAAUAGGCUUCGAUGGACUUGGAGGACGAACAAAAUUUAUCCAGCCUACUGACGCAGCCAUUAUCCGACCAUUGCCUGUUAAGCCCAAAGCCAGGAAUAAACAGAAAGUGAGAAUAAAGACUAUGAAUUCUCCUUCUCAGCCCAAGCUGGAUACCUUCAUACUUCAAUGAGCAGUGAACACAGUCAUGUCUCCAAUUAGGCCAAGACUUGGCCACCCAGAGAGUGUUUUAAAAGAUGGCUCAUCUUCUUGGACCACUGCAGGAAGAGACACCCAGAAAAUGCACUCCUGUGUCCUCUUUGCCCUGAAGCACACUGGAUUGACCUCUGGGAGCUGACAUGACCAGUUUACAGUUCUACUCAGCAGGGCUGGCUUCUUUUUGCCAGGUUUUGCUUACAGCUCCAACCAGAUGUGGCUGGGUGCCUGUUUUUAUAGAACACUCACUUUUGACUAUAUAUGGAUGGAAGUGCUGGAGGACUCCUAAGCGGGCUAGCCUGAACUUCUGCCUGCCUCCAGCUCAUUGCUUGAAAUGGGGAACAAUAAGGGAAGGAUGGGGAAGACUUCCAUGUAAAAUAAAAGGCAUCUUUUUUUUCCA